UCUGCAACGCAGAUUAAUUCCUGCACAACCUUUGGUGACGUUUUUCUCAAAACAGAAUAGAAGACGACAACACAGCUGAUGAGAUCUGUGCCAAAAUUAGAACAGAUUAUUAUUUCUUUGUUCUGGGAGUUUUAAAUUUGUGGCUCUACGGAAAGAGGUGGUAUGAGGGAGUGUUUGAUGUGUACGGGCCGGUGUGAGCAGCUAGUUAUCCAAUGCUAAGACAGCCCCCUCAGACGUCUGAUGGCAAACUGCCAGUGUUUGUGUUUCCUUCAUCACUGAACUUUUACUCAGAUGAUCAAUCAUCUCAUAAACAGGUGUUAACCCUGUACAACCCUUACGAGUUUCCACUCAAAUUCAAAGUUUUAUGCACUUCUCCAAGAAAAUACACAGUGGUUGAUUCUGAAGGUACUAUAAGACCACAUUGCUGCGUGGACAUUGUUGUUCGCCAUCUAGACAUCUGUAUCAACAAUGAAGGAGUGAAAGACAAACUACGCAUUCAAGUCUUUGAGCAUGGCACCAAGAAAGUUAUUGGUAAAAAAGACAUUGUGGCAGUGCUGCUACCUAAAAAAGAACCCUCCCAACAACCUGAAGAUAAUUUCCAUUCAUUGAGUGCAUCUGCUUCACAAGAACCCCAGGGGCCACCCAGUAGAGCUAUAAGACAGGAGGGCAGAGGGGGAGGAGGUCCCAGUCUGAUUGUGAUUUGUACUGCUGUGUCCUGUAUCCUGGCCCUAAUGCUGCCAUUGAGUGGUGACACAGAGAGCAGGCUACCAGAUUAUCUUCACCUGACAGUGAACCAGAAAAUGAUUGCAGCAUAUAUUCUAGGUCUUGUCACUAUGGUCAUUUUACAUGUAUGACCCACCUUCCAUUGUAUUAACCUGUAAAGUUCUAAUAAGAUCUACCAUACCACUGAUCAAGAAAACAAACUGCUUAUUCUGUAUGUGUAGCGGUCCAUUGAUCAAGAAAUAAAGCUUAUUCCUUAGCAGUGCCCUGUAACAGAAUAUGUUUGCCAGCACAACUUAAUGCUUUGUUUUGCCUUAUUUCACAUAUCAUAACUUAUGAUCCCACGAUAUUAUGUAUACACAGAAAGACAUCUUAUUUUGGAGGGGAGAAAUAAUCAGUCCAUAAUCAUUUACAUGUAUGUAGAUAUGUUUGUACAUGUAUAUGUUUAAUUAUAGUUGUGUAGAAUGAUAAAUACCUCAUGUUUAGUUCAUGUACAGACAACUGUCAUGUCACCUGUGUUUUAAAUAAUUUAUUUGUAGAUUACUCAUUUUAUUUGUAUGUUUUGCAAAGCAGUGUGAAAAGUUUGCAUUUGAAUUUUUUUAAACCAUCUCUCUCAUACCUGUCAACAACAGCUUCAAAAUUAAAUAACAAUUAUUGAGUUGUACUAUAAAAUGUAUAAGUCAAAUUUGCCUAGUUUGGAAGAAUGCGUUGUAUUUCUAUGAAAGAUAUAUGUAUUUUAAGCAUUUCAUAUUUGUAUUUUUCUGUGCAUAGAAAGUUUUUUUUGUAUUUGAUCACUUACCGGUAAGCAAACUGUAUUGAGUAGCAUUUAAAUAUGAUGUGUGCAAUAAAAGACAAUGUGAAACACAAAAAAAACAUAAUUAGUUU